AAAAACAAGUUGAACAGAUUCAAGAACUUACUUAGUGCUGAUUACCCAGCAUGCUCUGAGGAGGAGGAGGAGGAGGAGGAGGACUGUGUUAGAGAGGGUGUGCUGAAGAUCACACUACACCUCCUGAAGAACAUGAAGCAGAAAGACCUCGCUCACAAACUGCAGAUCAAGCUGGCCCCUGUGUAUCAGCGGAAGCUCAAAUCCAAACUUCUAGAUAAAUGUAAAAGAAUUAAUGAAGGAGUCUCACAGCAUGGGACAUCAACACUUCUAAAUCAGAUAUACACAGAGCUCUACAUCACAGAGGGUGGGAGUGGAGACGUCAAUAAUGAACAUGAGGUGAGACAGCUUGAGACGAUGUCCAGGAGACCAGCAGUAGAAGAGACACCCAUCAAAUGUAAUGAGCUCUUUAAAGACAAGUCCACCAGAAGUGUGCUGACUAAAGGAGUAGCUGGAAUUGGAAAAACCGUCUCUGUGCAGAAGUUCAUUCUGGAUUGGGCUGAGGGGACAGUGAAUCAGGACGUCCUCUUCCUGUUUCCUCUUCCCUUCAGAGAACUGAACUUGGUGAAGCAGGAAAACUUUAGUCUGAUUAUGCUUCUUCAUCAGUUUUUCCCUGAACUUAAGGACUUGGAAGUAAUAGACAGUAAUGUCUACAAAGUUCUGUUCAUCUUUGAUGGUCUGGAUGAGUGUCGACUUCCCUUAAAUUUCCAGAAGAAUGAAAUGUUGUGUGAUGUGACAGAGUCUGUCUCAGUGGAUGUGCUGCUCACAAACCUCAUCAAGGGGAACCUGCUUCCCUCUGCUCUUCUCUGGAUCACCACUCGACCAGCAGCAGCCAAUCAGAUCCCUCCUGAGUGUGUAGACCAGGUAACAGAGGUAAGAGGGUUCAGUGAUGCUCAGAAAGAGGAGUACUUCAGGAAGAAGAUCAGUGAUCAGAGCCUGGCCAAUAAAAUCAUCAGACACAUGAAGUCUUCCAGAAGCCUCUACAUCAUGUGCCACAUCCCAGUCUUCUGCUGGAUCUCAGCCACUGUUCUAGAGAGAAUGUUGGGUGAAGCAGAGAGUGGAGAGAUCCCCAAGACCCUGACUCAAAUGUUCACACACUUCCUGGUCUUUCAGAUCAAACACAAGGACCAAAAGUACCAGCAGAAAUGUGACCUUGAUCUUCCCCAGACCAGAGAGAGUAUCCUGGCUUUGGGAAAACUGGCUUUCCAACAGCUGGAGAAAGGAAACCUGAUGUUCUAUGAGGAAGACCUGAGAGAGUGUGGCAUUGAUGUUAAAGAAGUGGCAGUGUACUCAGGAGUGUGUACUCAGAUCUUCAGAACCGAGUCUGGACUUUACCUGGGGAAGAUGUUCAGCUUUGUGCAUCUGAGUGUUCAGGAGUUUUUGGCUGCUUUAUACACAUUUCUCUGCUUCCUCGACAAAAAGACAACAAUAAAACAAACCACUGAUCUGUCUGGUCUUUUCAAUAAGUCAGAAAUGUCUGAGUUCCUCAAGAGUGCAGUCGACCAGGCCUUUCAGAGUGUGAACGGACACUUGGACCUUUUCCUACGCUUCCUUCUGGGUCUCUCAGUGAAGUCUAAUCAGAAUCUCAUUCAAGGUCUGCUGUCACACACAGGAAGCAGCUCUGACUGCCAAAAGGACAUAGUUGAGUACAUUAAGUUCAAGUUUGAACAAAAUCCAUCUCCAGAGAGAUUAAUUAAUCUGUUCUAUUGUCUGAAUGAGUUAAAUGAUGAUUCACUAGUGAAGGAGAUCCAAAGCUACAUGAGCUCAGGACGUCUCUCUGAAGCUAAACUCUCACCUGCUCAGUGGUCUGCUCUGGUCUUUGUGUUACUGACAUCAGAGGAGGAUCUUGACGUGUUUGAGCUUCAGAAGUUCAUAAAGUCAGAUAAAUGCUUUAAGAGACUGCUGCCAGUCGUACAGGAAGCCACAACAGCUCUACUCAGUGAGUGUAACCUGACAGAGAGAAGCUGCUCGGCUUUACACGCAGUUCUCAGCUCAGAAUCCUCCAAGCUGACUGAGGUGGAUCUAAGCAGGAAUCCUCUGGAGGACUCAGGAGUGAAGCUGCUUUGUGCUGGACUGAAGAGUCCAAACUGUAAACUGGAGACACUGAGACUUUCAGACUGCAGUAUAACAGGGGAAGGAUACACUGCUCUGGCUGAAGCUCUGAAAUCAUCUCACCUGAUAGAGCUGGAUCUCAGAGGGAACGACCCUGGAGACUCAGGAGUGAAGCUGCUCACUGAUUUACUACAGGAUCCAGACUGUACACUGAACACACUGAGGUGA